AUGGAUGCUUUGGUUUGUGUUGAUACUGUUGAUGAUGUGGUGAGCGGCAUCGAACCCCAAUAUACCGUCAAGACUCGAGCUGACGCAGAGACACAAAGUCGUGCUCUCUUCGAUAGGUUCAGUCACGGGGACGAUAAUUCAGAUACCGAAUCAGACAUUACAGAGGCGGGCUGGCGGGUCGAGGAUUCGAGCCUGCCCCCUACGUCGGUAGCCUCGCAGCAUCGGAAGAGGUUGAAGAAACUCGACCAGGUCGCUCCGGCUCAAUCCCUGCUCCACUGGAGAGCCGAGAACACUGCCAUCUGUUUGGAAUCGCUGGAAGAAACCGAUCUCAUCCGCGAACUCCGAUGUGGCCACGUCUACCACGCCAACUGUCUGAGCCUGUGGGUCGAACGUGGCCACCACGAUUGCCCUCUUUGCAAAUACGACAUGUUGGGUCUGAUGAAGAACUUUUUGAAACCACAUCCUGACGAUGACGACACUGUUGUCGCCGCUGAUGCCGUCCAUGAAGCAGGCCAACCCUCUGGCGAGACGCAUAACGAACAUACCCCUGACUACGGGAGUAUAUCAAACGAUGGGACCACUGAACCUUGA